AUGACCCCUACAAUGUACUCGCCUGAUGGAAGAAUAUACCAAGUCGAGUACGCCAUCGAGACGGUAAAGCGCGGAACUCUGGCGAUAGGAAUCAAAACCCAGAAUGGGGUUCUAGUGGCAGUAGAAGAGAAGGCCAGGGCUCUGCAGACAUCGAACAUAACGCAGAAGAUCUUUCAGGUGGAUCGGCACAUAGGCGUGGCGGCGGCAGGAUACAUUCCGGAUGCCAGAAUACAGGUGGAUCGGGCCCGGCUCUUUGCCCAGAGCAACAAGAUAGCGUACGACGAGUCAGUGGAGGUCGAGACGGUCUCAAAGCACCUGGCAGAUCAGUGUCACCAGUUUACCCAGUACUCGGGCGUUCGGCCUUACGGCGUAUCCCUGAUAAUUGCAGGAGUCGACCAGAAGGGCGAGUCAGUCUAUGUCACGGAUCCCAGCGGGACGUAUGUCUCCUUUGCGGCAGUGGCGAUAGGCGCGGGGGCCGAAGAGGUGAACGAUUUUCUGGAGAAGGCAUACGCCGACAACAUCACGCUGGAGGAGGGUGCGGCACUGGCAAUUGCAGCUGUAAACCUCAAGUCACACAACGAAGACGGCGUCAAGCACAUCAAGAUGGCGUUCAUCUCAUCUGACACCAAGUCACUUGAAAAAGUCUCAGACGAGGACCUGCAAAAGUACUCGAAACUGGCGCUCGAAAAGUUCAAGAACAAUGCAUAACGGGCCAUCCGUUCCCGGUGGCAGGUG